AUAAACUAUUUGGGAAACGUCUUCUGCAGGCCAGACAUUACAUUAUGUCUCGUAAGUCCUGGCUGAAGAUGGUGCCCACCGAAAACUGUGAUAUCCUGAUGACAUUCCCAGAUACAAUAGAUGACCACACUCUGCUGUGGCUGCUGAAUCAGAUCCGUGUUGGAAUCCCGCAAGUCAGCAUUCAGGUUCGACAGCAUAAACACACCCAGGCGCACGCCUUCUUCAUCACGACCACAUUUGAGAACCUGCUGCGUGGAGCCGAGCAGAUGGGGAUGCAUAAAGCCGUCAAGCCACAGUUUGGCGGCGGGAUGCGUCGCUUCUGCUGUGAGGAGGACAACAUCUACGAAAACAUAGAGAGCGAGCUCUGCUUCUUUACCUCACAGGAGCGUCAGGGCAUCAUCAAGUAUUGGCUGGACAACCUGCGAGCCAGACAGGGGGAGGUGCUUCACAACAUCCACUUCCUGGAGGGACAGCCCAUCAUUCCAGAGCUUGAAGCCCGGGGAGUGAUCCAUCAAAUGUUUCCUCUCCACGAGCAGAGGAUCCUCAAUCAGCUGAUGACAUCCUGGGUCCAGGCUGUGUGUGAACGGCAGCCUCUAGAUGAUAUAUGUGACUACUUUGGGGUCAAGAUCGGGAUGUAUUUUGCCUGGCUGGGGUUUUACACCAACUCCAUGCUUUACCCUGCUGUGAUUGGCUUUCUACUGUGGAUACUAGCAGAGGCUGACCAGACCAGUCAGGAUAUCUGCUGUGUGGUGUUCGCCCUCUUCAACGUUGUGUGGGCGACGUUGUUUUUGGAGCGCUGGAAGAGGCGAGAGGCGGAGCUGGCCUACAGGUGGGGCACCCUGGACACUCCUGCUGAGUCUUUGGAGGAGCCCAGACCACAGUUCAGGGGAGUGAAGCGCUGCAGUCCCAUAACAGGCUGUGAGGAGUUCUACUAUCCGCCAUGGAAGAGAGCUUUGUUCAGAUGGCUGGUCAGCCUGCCCAUCUGCCUCCUGUGUCUCUGUUUUGUCUUUCUGGCUAUGCUUCUUUGUCUGGAACUGCAGGAAGUGGUAAUGGAGAUUCAGGAGCUGCCCAGUAUCACAAGAUUCAUUCCCAAGAUACUUCUUGCCAUCACUGUAACCAUAUGUGAUGAAGUGUAUAAGAAGAUCGCUUACUGGCUCAAUGACAUGGAGAACUACAGACUUCAGAGUGCCUAUGAGAAUAAUCUCAUCAUCAAGAUGGUUUUUUUUGAGUUCAUCAAUUCUUACCUUAGCCUUUUCUACAUUGGAUUCUACCUCAAGGACAUGGAGCGACUCAAAGAGAUGCUAGCUACUCUACUGAUCUUCCGCCAGUUCCUACAAAACAUCAAAGAGGUCCUCCAGCCUUAUCUCUACGAACAAAACAAGCUGGGUGUCUUCACACCAAAGGUGCUGUGGGAGCUCCUUCAAGCGAUCAUGCUGAAGUACGGCCGUCUGGCUCUGGGAAAAGCCCAAGCCUCCAUGACAGCCUAUUCCUUCCUGGGGACGAGAGUGAUCCCUGUAAAUCACACAGCCAAUGGGAACACGGAGCCAAGGAAAAGAGGCGAUCUGAAGGCGGGGUUCAGGCUGACGGAGGAGGAGUGGGACAUGAACGACAGCGCUCUGAAGCAACGUAAAGUCAGCUUCACGGAGAAGGUCGACUAUCAGGACGUCACGACAGAGACCCAGGCUGUGGACGACAGCUUCCUGGAGGACAGUCCCACACUGGUAGAGGAGGGGAUGGAUCCAUCCAGUAUUUUUGACAGCUGUGAUGAGGACAGUGAUUGUGAAUCACUGGCUCUAGAGACCAAGGAGAAUGCCACUGUGUCGCCGCCAAAGGAAUGUGACUCUGUGUGCCACAGACGAAGGAAUGCAGGCGAGGGGAAAGAGGAUAAGAAAUCCUGGAUUGAUCCACCAGAAGAACCCAAAACCGUCACACUGACCCAGGCGGAGAUCGAGAGCUGUAUGCAGACGUAUGAGGAUACACUUCAGGACUACCAGGAGAUGUUCAUUCAGUUUGGAUACGUGGUGCUCUUUUCCUCUGCCUUUCCCCUGGCGGCCAUGUGUGCUCUUAUCAACAACAUCAUUGAGAUCCGCAGUGACGCCCUGAAGCUGUGUACGGGUCUGCAGAGGCCGUUUGGACAGAGGGUGGAGAACAUCGGACAGUGGCAGACGGCGAUGGAGGCGAUGGGUCUAAUAGCCAUCAUAGUUAACUGUUACCUGAUUGGUCAGUGCGGGCAGCUGCAGCGUCUGUUCCCCUGGUUGAGUCCUGAGAUGACCAUCAUCUCCAUCGUCUUACUGGAGCACUUUGCAAUCCUCCUAAAGUACAUCAUCCAUGUUGCUAUCCCUGAUAUCCCUGGCUGGGUUGCAGAAGAGAUGGCCAAGCUAGAGUACCGACGAAGGGAAGCUUUCAAGAAGCACGAGCAGCAGGCCCAGCAGCAUUUCCAACAGCAGCUCAGACGCAGGCGUGAAGAGGAGGAGCUGCAGCGUCAGGCGGAGCUGCAGGCCGAGGCCCGGCAGGAGAGCGACUACCACAAGGCGGACAGUCAGCACCAGCACCACCACGACAAAGCACCAGGGGGGAAACCAGGGGACAAGCCCAAGAGACCCAGCUCUCUCCUGGGAAACAACAAUGUGAUGAAACUGAAGCAGAUCAUCCCACUCCAGGGAAAGUUCUCCUCCGGCACCUCCCGCUCCCCUGCUCAGUCUCCAACUGGGGGAGAGGCAAAGCUCCCAGGAUUUCUCAAGUUCUUGAAGUCGCCCGAGGUGAAAAAAGAACCAGCAGUAGCAGUUGGAGCCACCCAAGGAUCAACAGUAACCUCUACGGUGCUCCCUAGUGGCCAGGAGAGGUCACAGUCCCCCAACAGGACAUUCAGUCCCGGGAAGCUGUUCAGUUUCAGCAAAUCCGAGGGGACUGUAGUGUGUGUAAAUGGGACACAGCCACCCAGCCAGGCUGCAAACGCACAACCCAACAGAGCUGACUUAAACACAACACCAGAGGAGUUACCCUCCAAUGAGUCCGAGAAAGGAGAGUCAAGACAAUUAACUGAUCCUGAAAACUCUGGCUCAAAAAGUUAAUAAUAAAUGUCCAACUGUACUAAACUGUACCAAUGUAAUAUCACAGAGGGAAAGCAAUGUCAUGUUGAGGCCACAUUCCUGUACUGUAGGAGAACACACUAGUCACCAGGACCACAUGUACGGUCAGCGAGCGGUAGACUUUCACCCUUGAUGCAACUACUUCGCACAAAGCAUUAAACUGUAUCUAUAAGACUUGAUUAUCUAGCUUCCAUGUAAAAACUGUACAGUAAGUGUAAGCCCUCGAAUGGGACCGGAGCGACUUUUCCUUAACGUUAAAAUACUGCAUGACUGCCUGGUUUUCAACAGCAGAAAAAAACUGAUUAUGUUGAUGUGAAGGAUGUGUUUGUUUUUUUUUUAUUUACUCAUCACUGGGCCACUUUUAUCAGAACCAUGAAUAGCAGCUUCCAAAUCAAGGUUUGUUUCUCAUUUGACAGCCUGCAUGUAAUGCAUGUUGCAUCAUGUGCACGCAUUAUAUGUCCGUCAUGUCUUUUUAGUUGGCGAGCACUUAGAAAGCCAUUGUAUUCUUCUGCAAUAGGUCAAAUUAUAUUCACUGUGACCAUAAAAAUAUUCUAUUUUUCUUAACUUUGAUUUUUGUAUGAAUUAUUUUACUACAUAAAUUAGUGAAUGUACUUUGAUGAUGCAAAUAAAAUCGCACUUGAAUUAACAUCCAUCAAGAGACCGAGCAUUGGCUGACUUUGUUAACAAUAAAUAAAUAUCACUGGAUGAUAA